AUGUCCUUUCGCAAGCGAAACAUUGGUCUGUCUCCUGGGGUUGACCGCAACGCAGUUCCCAAUGCUACAGCACAGCCCGCUGCGCCAGAAAGCACGCCGGGCAUUCGCCCCUCCCCCGAUGAUGGACGACCAACAACCUCGACAGGGACUCGCUCUCUAGAUAAUCUUCUUGCAGGCCAUGCAGGGCUUCCAAUGGGAAAAUUGUUAUUGAUUGAAGAAAACGGAACUACGGAUUUUGCGGGCGCAUUGCUGCGUUACUAUGCGGCUGAAGGUGUAAUCCAAGAGCAGAAGGUUCAUGUGGUUGGAGUGCCAGAACAAUGGGGCCGAAGUCUACCUGGUCUGAUAGGUUCAGCGGAGGCUCUGGAUGAGAAGAGAUCCGACAGGCGCAAGGAUGAUCGCAUGAAGAUUGCAUGGCGAUACGAGCGACUGGGCGAGUUUGGAGCAGUCGCUGGUUCGCGGGGUGGUGAGCAUCAAAACAAAACACCUUCUAGCCUCAAUUUGCUGAUGAAUAUAGCCCCUACGAAUUCCGGAGAACAGGAUGCAGUAGCAAAAGAAGCGCCCGCUUUCUGUCAUGCCUUCGAUCUCACGAAACGUCUCACCCAUCCAUCUAUCACAAACAUGUCUUUCAUCCCACUUAUGCCUUCUCAAGAGUCACCGUUCCUCGCUAUCCUUAAACGACUCCAGACAGCAAUCACAACCAGCGCCGCCAAUACGAUUCAUCGUAUUGUCAUUCCCUCCCUACUCAAUCCCACAAUUUACCCACCAAACGCUUGCCAACCCGAACAUGUGCUCCAAUUCUUCCACGCGCUCAAGGCGAUGAUGAGCGCGCACAACACUCGCGUGACCGCAAUGGUCACCAUGCCUCUGUCUCUCUAUCCCCGCUCAUCGGGGCUGGUUCGCUGGAUCGAACUACUCAGUGACGGCGUUAUUGAGCUAUGUCCCUUCCCGCACUCUGCGGAUGCCAUGGCUACCUCGGGAGCGGCGACCUCACAAGAAGAACCACCGCAGGGUAUGCUCAAGACGCAUCGGCUUCCAGUUUUGCAUGAACGUGGGGGUGGAAGCGAUCAGAAUGUUGGAGAGGAUUGGGCAUUUAUUCUGAGCCGACGGAGAUUUGAGAUUAAACCGUUCAGUCUGCCGCCGGCCGAAGGGGACACAGAAGCGCAAGAUGCGUCGGCCCCAAGAGGAAUGCCCAAGAAAUCUGAUCUCGAAUUCUGA